AUGUCGCACAAAUUCACGCUCAGGUUACAUUCGACCUAUACCCUUCUCCUCACUCAGCUACAAAUGCCUCCCAGGAAGAAAGCCGCAGUUGUCAAUGCAUCUGACGCCUCGAGCCCACUCCCACGUUCAACGCGCUUCGGUAUGAGAGUGAAGGCUCUUUUUUCCAAGGUGUCCGCCGCGAGUGCCCCAGCGAGUGAGGGGAGGGCGAAGCGUGCCCGUUAUCCGUCUGAAGACGAAGAGCCUGAAUACGAGGAGGUGGGGACAGGUGACACUGCAACUAGAGUUACCACUACUGUAAAUGACACCAUACCAGCGAACACAUUUACUAUCGUCAGGAAGGGUUUGACACUGGUUGACCCUUGUUCUGAUUGUGUUGACACCCACCAGGUUCUUGCCACUGAUGAAGGUAUUUGGAAUGUCACUCUUGACCAAAUAGAUGUUGAGGAAGACACAAAAAAGUUUCGUGUGAUUCAGGUGCUGAAAUCGAUUGGAAACUCAAAUAAAUGUAUGUUGUUCACGCGCUGGGGUCUUGUUGGUGAGGACGGGCAGAAACAGACGAAGGGCUUUUUCACAUCUGCUGUCGCUGUCCAAGAGUUCAAAAAACAGUUCAGAGCGGUGGCUUCUGUUGCCUGGGAGCAAUGGGAAGGUAUGAUUCCCAAGAAAGGAAAAUUGAUGGAAUGCGCUGAGAAUAAAGAUGAGCUGAAUGAAGACAAAGGUGAAGGAUCAUCAAAACAAGAGAAGGUGGAGAUGAUUCCCGAUUCUCAUAUGCGGACCAAGAUACAGCUUGAAAAGGAGACACAGCAUGCAGCAUCUGAACUAUACGAGAUCUUCUCUCGUGAACGAUCCACCAGAGCGGCGGCUGGUGCUCUCCUGGAGGGGGCGGCUCUUACAAUGUUUCCUAAGGGUGGCGAGUGGCACGUCACUGCCAUGCAGAAGAGAGAAAACAAGUCCCGGACAAGGCUGCAAAAUACGCAUCGGCACUCCAACUUUUCUGCCCCAAUUAGAUACUUUUGCCUUGGUGCUUCUACUGGUACAGUGACUAUUGCGGUCAAACCAUCUUCUGAAGGCUUCGCUCCCUUGACUUGCUUUUACUUCUCGAACGAGGAUGAUCUGGAACUACAGGAUGGGUUCUACACUCCUAAGUCUAGAUCACAGCCGACAUUCGACGCAUUCAUCUAUGACGCUCGAAUUCUACAUGCGACUAUUCUUCAGGUGACCGUUGCCAUCAAGCAUGAAAUAUCACCUAUUGGUCUAAACGGGUUGUGUGACCGCAGAGUACGGUCAAUCGAUCUUGUUGUGGUGACACCCCCUUUGGUAGAUGCUGUGGAAGAUGUUUGGGUCCCAAAUACCCACGCAAUGCUGCUUUGGAAGGUGUAUCAUCUUGCACUCAGCACCUCAGAUAUAACAAUCGCUUGCACAGCAAUUGAUAUGAAGGGGAAAAUGGACCACACCCGCUAUCAGAUCAAAGCAAGUGACCUUCCCCCCUCUCGCCCUUGCCAUCCUCAUCCGUUUCAGAAUGCACGCUACCACACUGUGCUCCCAUACAGCACCAGCAGAGCACUCUUCUCUGUGUCCCAGUACGAGCUCGCCCCUGCUGAGCACACCAUACGCGAUACUCUCAUCGCCGGCCUCAGCACCAUAGAAAUCGCCCUCCUCAACGUCUUCGAGGCAAAAAUGCAUCCUACCCCUGCUCCCCAUGCAGACGUACAUCUGGGCGGACGCGCUCGACCUGCUCACCACAUCCAUAUGGGACUACACAGACUUCAUAUGCACCAACAUGUGAAGUGGGCUGGUGAUGCCGCGAGCUGCAGCGCGCACAGGGACGAUGAGAAGAUAUGUGGCACACAGAAGCCUAGACUCAUCCCAGGCAAAGCCGGUGAUGUAUGCUAUGUCUGCACCGAGGGGCACGAUGGCUGUGGGUCAUGA